GCAGAAGAAAAGUGGAUGGUGUAUUGAACCACCUGCUGUCAAUAUUCUGUUUAACCCACGCAUUGAUUCAAGUCGUCACAACAGUAUGGCAUCGCUUACGUACAUAUUACUGUCAAUAUAUGUGUUGUAAGACCGGACCGUCUCCGUCCCGCACUAACAAGCCUCAGUAGAAGAAAAGGGAUGGUGGAUUGAACCACCUCCAGACCAAAAUCUAUUUAAGCCAAACGUUUUCACGGAAUGAUGGACAGCAUUUGCAGAUCUUGAACCAGCGAUCAACCUGAAUGUUUCAGGAAGUUAGCAGUCACAGAACGUAAUACCCACACCACAAGCUGUCACAGCCAUGACCUCCGUCGUCCCCAAAAUCGCCAUCGUCGGCGCCGGCCCCGCAGGCCUGACGCUCGCCCGCCUCCUCCAUGUCUCAGGCCUCAAGCUCGAAGUAACUCUCUUGGAGCGUGACCUUUCUCCUGCCUCGCGCCGAGAACAAGGCGGCACGUUGGACCUGCAUACCCACACGGGUCUCGCCGCGAUUAAGAAAUGCGGUCUUUGGGACGAAUUCCAGAAGCACGCUCGCUACGACGGCCAAGAGGUAAUUUUGAUGGACAAAAAUGCGACGGAGUUGGUGCAUAAACGCGUUACGUCGACGCUGCAGGACAGACCCGAGAUUGAUCGGGUCUGGUUACGGAAGAUACUGUUGGACGCAGUGCCGGGCUGUUGGAUUAACUGGGGGAGGAAGGUUAGGACGGUGACGGAUGAUGGGAAGGUAAGACUUGAUGUCUUGGCUGAGGGGAACGGUGGUGAGGUCAAGGCUGAAGGCGCGGAGGAGGAAGGACCGUUUGAUUUGAUUGUUGGUGCGGACGGGGCGUGGAGUAGAGUUCGGCAACGGUUGAUGCCGCAUGUGACGCCGAGGUACUCGGGUGUGAGUGGAUACGAGGUGGCCAUCUUUGAGCCAACAAAGACUUGUCCGCAUGUUGAUAAGAUGGUAGGGCAGGGUAUGUUCAUCGGCCUAUCAGAUCGGAAGUCAUUGAAUGCGCAGCGGCUGGGAGACGGGAGCAUCAGGGUUCGGAGUUGGUCCUAUUGCCCUGAGACCGAGGCCCAGGAGACUCUGAACAAGUUGGGAAAGGAAGGGACGAGAGAGAAAAUCUUGGAGAGGUUCGCGACGUGGGCGCCAGAGAUGACGGAGCCGUUCAGACACGGGGACCUGGAUUCGUUGAUGCAUAUGACGCUGUACGAAUUACCUGUCGGUUCUAAGUGGGACCACCAAAAGGGGUUCACGCUGAUAGGAGAUGCGGCGAGUCUCACAACACCGUUUAGUGGAGAGGGUGUCAACAAGGCGAUGAAGGAUUCACUCGAACUGGCUGAAUUAAUCGAGAAGAGCCAGGAACCGAACGAUGACCUCACGCUCGAUGAAGCGGUCCUGCGCUAUGAGAAGUUGAUGUUUCCCAGAGCUGAGAAGCUGCAGGCAAAGACUAUACUCUACCGGGACGCCAUGUUGGGGCCUAAUGCACCGCUUGGACUCUUCAGCGAUAUGCUGAAAACCAUAGCAGGUGACAGCCCCUCCUUCUUCGUGAGACUUCUGGGAUCGGCGCCGGUUGUUGCGCUUGUGUAUAGCUACUUCUGGGUUUACAUCCAGAUUGGCUGGGCUGUACGCAAGUUCUGGAGGAGAACGUAAGGAUUUGACUAUUUGGCAUUAGACGGACGGUUGCCCUACCAAAUAGAAGGGCACCUGGAGGAGCUUACAGCUUGCUCUUGUUACAUCAUACUCUCGUAGAAGGGAUCUAACCCGGUCAUGGUCCACUUAAUCAACAUAACUAGCAUAUCGCAAUACGGGUGAGACGCUUCGUCUGUCUCUAGGUGUCUCAGGAGAAACUUGGUCCUCGGAACAGGACGGAGAAAUCGAACGUACCUACAGACUAUGUUAACCGUUAUCUGCAUGCGCUUCUUCUUCGACAUGACGAAC